AUGGGGCGGAAUAUCGAACAAGAAGGUAUAAAGUCGGUCUUCUUCGCUCUUCAUCUCGACAACAAUCCAGCUCAAAUUCUCUCUCUCAAUCAUCUACAUACUUCAUUACCUCACACAAAUAAACCACAAAUCGGUCCUCCUAUAUCUUUCAAAAAAGAAACUCCUACCAAACAUAGCAAAAUGCAACUCCACCACUUCCUCCCUCUUGCUGCCAUGGGCGUCCUGGCCCUCACCACCACCGCCGAAUCCACUCCACUCUCAGCCCGCAGCGAACUCAUCAAAAUCACCACCUGGUCCGGUAACAACUGCGAAGGUUCCUCCGCCAACCCUUUCAUCACUAGGGGCGGAGAAUCCUGCUUUGUGAGCCUUCCCGGGGCGUCUUUCAACGUCAGUGCCGCCGACAGCAAAUGCAAGAUCACCACCUGGUCUGAGGAUAACUGUCAGGGAAGUUCGGCGAACUUUGCGGGAGAUGUGCAGGGAUGUAUUGGUAUUCCAUUCGCGUCUGUUAGUCUUGAUUGUUAG